ACAGAGCCGGGUCCAGCUCGCCCACCCCUCCUUUCCUUUCCCGUGGUGUGGGAGAGUGGGGACAGAAUAGCCAAUGGAGCACGAAUUGCGGCAGGAGUGGUGGAUUAUUUAUAGGGAAUGGACAGAAAAAGACAGGCGUGACCCAGCCUUUAACUCCUUCCAAAGUUCACACUGCACUGCGCUCAGUGCCACAAAAGGGCGCACCGGAUCAUUUUGCUCAGCCCAAGGCGCGCACCCCAGGACUCAGCUCCGCUGCUUCUAUAGUGGGGAACAUGGAUGGGCAGCCUGUUCUUCUCCUCUGCUUCCUUCUGCCUGGGAUGCUGCUCUCAGACGGCGCCAAAAUUCUAACUGUCACCUUGGUGGGUGGAAGCCACUAUCUACUGAUGGACCGGGUAUCUCAGAUUCUUCAAGAUCAUGGUCAUGAUGUGACCUUGCUUUACCAGGGAGGAUCUUUGUAUUCAGACUUCAAAGGGGAGGAAAAAUCAUACCAAAUGAUCACUUGGCAUCCACCUGAAUAUUAUAGAAAAGAAUUUAUGAAGCAUUUAAAUUUAUUUUUGGAAGAAGCUUUGCAUGGCAGAUUAACAUUUGAAGACUUUUUAAAUUUUAUGGGACAACUUGGGAGUCAGUGCAAUGUUUUUCUAAGACGGAAGGAUAUCAUAGAUUCUCUAAAGAAUGAAAACUUUGACCUGGUGAUAGUUGAAACUUUUGACUACUGUCCUUUACUGGUUGCUGAGAAGCUUGGGAAACCAUUUGUGUCCAUCUUUCCCAAUGCGUUUGGUGUAGUGGACUUUGGGCUACCUCAACCCAUCUCUUAUGUUCCAGUCUUCGAUUCCUUACUAACUGACCGCAUGGACUUCUGGGGCCGAGUGAAGAACUUUCUGAUGUUCUUUGAUUUUUCCAUGAAGCAAAGGCAAAUCCAGGCUCAGUAUGAUGAUGCCAUCAGGGAGCACUUCCCAGAAGGCUCUAGGCCAGUGUUGUCUCAUCUUCUACUGAAAGUAGAGCUGUGGUUUGUUAACUCUGACUUUGCUCUUGAAUUUGCUCGGCCCCUGCUUCCCAACACUGUUUAUAUUGGAGGCUUAACUGCCAAAGCUACUAAACCAGUACCGCAAGACUUUGAGAACUUCAUUGCCAAGUUUGGAGACUCUGGUUUUGUGCUUGUGGCCCUGGGCUCCACGUCGAACAGUUAUCAGACCCAGGAGGUCAUCAAGGAGAUGAAUGAUGCCUUUGCUCAGCUCCCUCAGCGGGUGAUAUGGAAGUGUAAGCGCUCUAAUUGGCCAAAAGAUGUGAAAUUGGCAGCAAAUGUGAAAAUCGAGGACUGGCUUCCUCAGAGUGACCUCUUGGCUCACCCUAGCAUCCGUCUUUUUGUCACCCAUGGUGGGCAGAAUAGCAUAUUGGAGGCCAUCCAACAUGGUGUGCCCAUGGUGGGGAUUCCCUUCUUUGGAGACCAGGCUGAAAACAUGCUCCGAGUAGAAGCCAAAAACUUUGGCGUCUCUAUCCAGUUAAAGCAGCUCAAGGCAGAGACUUUGGCUCUCAAGAUGAAACAAGUCAUAGAAGACAAGAGGUUCAAAUCUGCAGCCAUGGCCGCCAGCAUCAUCAGGCGCUCCCACCCACUGACCCCCUCCCAGCGGCUGGUGGGCUGGAUCAACCACAUCCUCCAGACAGGGGAUGGGGCACACCUCAAGCCUUAUGCCUUCCAGCAGCCGUGGCACGAGCAGUACUUGCUUGAUGUCUUGUCGUUCCUGCUGGCAGUCACUCUGGGUUCCUUGUGGCUUUGUGGGAAGCUGCUGGGCAUGGUGGCCAGGUGGCUGUGUGGGGCCAGGAAACUGAAGCAGAUGUGAUGUGGAUGCAUCUGAGGGCUGGGUGUGUCAGGCAGUUUCCCCCAGCACAGACCGCACCUGGCUUUCUCCCCAUCAUCUCCACUUGCUGGUUUUCCUACAAAUUGUUCUUUACUCUUUUCUGCCUCUGUUCAGAAAUCUUUUUGCUGCACUCUCCCUUUCUUGAUUUGCCCGUGUGGGAAUUGGGCCACCUCUACUCAAUAUAAAGCCUUCAUCAGCCAGCACUGGCUUCCUCCUCUCUCCUUUUUCCUAGGCCCAGGUCUCUGACAACCUCAUCCUCUCUGUGCAGGUGACUUCUCAGUCUCUUCCCCCCAUUUUUCCUUCCAUCACUUUUAAUAAACAUAUACGAUAUUCGGCAAAUUUUCCAUUUUUGGC